AUGUCAGCCCGUGCCAGCGUCCCCGACCUCGAGAACAAGCCCGCCAAGGGCAUCUCCUACUUCACGCCCGCGCAGGAACCGCCUGCGGGGACGGCGGCCAACCCGCAGUCGGACGGCAGCAAACCGCCCAAGCUGUUCCAACCCAUCACCAUCCGCGGGGUGACCUUCCACAACCGCAUUGGGCUCUCCCCCCUCUGCCAGUACUCCGCCCAGGACGGCCAUAUGACCGACUGGCACCUGGCGCAUCUCGGCGGCAUCGCCCAGCGCGGUCCCGGCUUCCUCAUGGUCGAGGCCACCGCCGUGCUCCCCGAGGGCCGCAUCACCCCGCAGGACCUGGGCCUGUGGAAGGACUCGCAGAUUGAGCCGCUGCGCCGCGUCAUCGAAUUCGUCCACAGCCAGAACCAGGUCAUCGGCGUGCAGAUCGCCCACGCCGGCCGCAAGGCCAGCACCGUUGCGCCCUGGCUGUCCAUGGGCGACCUGGCCACCGAGAAGGUGGGCGGCUGGCCCGACAACGUCAAGGGCCCCAGCGACAUCCCCUUCUCGGAGCGCUUCCCGCAGCCGCACGCCAUGACCAAGCAGGACAUUGAGGAGUUCAAGCAGGCCUGGGUGGCGGCCGUCAAGCGCGCGCUCAAGGCCGGCGCCGACUUUAUCGAAAUCCACAACGCCCACGGCUACCUGCUGUUCUCGUUCCUGUCGCCCGUCUCCAACAAGCGCACGGAUGAGUACGGCGGCAGCUUCGAGAACCGCAUCCGGCUGACGCUGGAGAUUGCCCGGCUGACUCGUGAGACCGUUGGGCCCAACGUGCCCGUGUUCCUGCGCGUGUCGGCCACGGAAUGGCUGGAGGAGAGCCUGCCGAACGAGCCCAGCUGGCGCAGCGAGGACACGGUGCGGCUGGCGCAGAUCCUGGCGGAGCAGGGCGACAUCGACCUGCUAGACAUCAGCACGGGCGGCAACCACCCGGCGCAGAAGAUCCGCGGGGCGCCAGGCUUCCAGGCGCCGUUCGCCAUCGCCGUGAAGAAGGCGGUAGGCGACAAGCUGGCCGUGGGAACCGUCGGCAUGAUCAACUCGGGCAAGCUGGCCAACAAGCUGCUAGAGGAGGACGGGCUGGACUUUGCGCUCGUGGGCCGGGGCUUCCAGAAGAACCCCGGUCUGGUGUGGGCGUGGGCCGACGAGCUGGACCUGGAGAUCUCCAUGGCGAACCAGAUCCGCUGGGGGUUUUCGCACCGGGGGGAGAGUGUGUAUCUGCCGAAGCGAUCGGGGAGGAGUAGUUAA